AUGUUACGACGACAAUUUUGUUUCCUAACCACCACGAUUUUGUUAUUCGAUUUAACUCUCGGAUUUUAUUUACCCGGGUUGGCUCCAGUCAACUUCUGUCCGAGCAGCCCCACAGACGUUUCCUGCGAGACCGAAGUCAAAGUAUAUGUUAACAGAUUGAACUCCAUAGAAACUGCUUUGCCAUAUGAAUACAAUCAUUUUGACUUUUGCCCUACUCCUGAAAAAGAGGAAAGUCCUGUUGAGAACUUAGGGCAGGUUGUCUUUGGGGAAAGAAUCAGGCCAUCAGUAUACAAAUUCAGUUUUGGUCAGAACUUUACUGAUCGAGCAGCCUGUGAGAGUAGAAAAUAUAAAGUUAAUGCUGACGACAAGCGGAAGUUGCAAACAAUCUUGGAUGGCAUUAAGAAAAACUACAAGCACCACUGGAUAAUUGACAACAUGCCUGUAACUUGGUGUCGCACAUUGGCUGACGACCCAUCUAAGAAGGUAUGUGAGCCUGGCUUCCCAAUAGGAUGCUACACGAAACAGAACAAGAACGUUGAUUGCCCUCUCAGUUACGAGAAGCUUGAGAAAGACACGCAUUACCUGUUCAAUUAUGCCCACAUAACCAUUCAAUACCACCCAAAAGAAAAUGAUUGGGGUAACCAAGCCAACAAGUUGCCAGAAGGUGCUGGCAGAUUGGUGGGGGCCUCAAUCGAGUUGGAUAGCGUUGAUUUCUCAGUGAAGGGUAAAAGAGUCCCUAUGGCUCUACCCGAGAAGAUUGAUAAAGAAUUUGCAAUCACCUACAAAUAUGGAGUCACUUUUAUUGUGAAUUCAAACACAAAAUGGUCAUCGAGAUGGGACUACAUCUUGAACUCGACACCUCACACUGAGAUUCAAUGGUUCAGCAUAUUGAACUCUGUGGUGAUUGUCAUCUUCUUAACUGGCAUGACGGCCAUGAUUCUGCUGAGAAAUCUUCACAAGGACAUUGCUAGGUACAACCAGAUGGACAAUUCCGAAGAGGCUCAAGAGGAAUUUGGGUGGAAGUUGGUUCAUGGAGAUGUCUUCAGAGCCCCUCGUAAAGGAAUGUUCCUCUCCUUGCUGCUGGGUAGUGGAGUGCAGAUAUUCUUCAUGACCAUGAUCACUCUUGUUUUCGCAUGCUUAGGAUUUUUGUCACCAGCAAACAGAGGAGCGCUAAUGACGUGCGCUCUAGUGCUCUACGUCUGCCUCGGUACACCAGCUGGUUACGUUUCUGCAAGGAUAUACAAGCUAUUCGGUGGUGAAAAGUGGAAGAGUAAUGUGAUACUAACUGCUCUGUUGAGUCCCGGAAUCGUGUUUGGAAUAUUCUUCAUCUUGAAUCUGGUCCUGUGGAGUCUGGGUAGCAGUGCAGCCAUCCCAUUUGGUACCCUGGUGGCGCUCCUUGGUCUCUGGUUGGGAAUCUCUGUGCCAUUAACUUUUGUCGGAGCUUACUUUGGAUUCAAGAAGAGGGUCAUUGACCUUCCAGUGCGAACCAAUCAAAUUCCUCGUCAGAUCCCGAUCAUGUCCUUCUACACUCGUCCACUUCCUGGGAUCAUCAUGGGAGGCAUCCUCCCGUUCGGCUGCAUCUUCAUACAACUUUUCUUCAUCCUCAACAGCAUCUGGUCUCAUCAGAUGUAUUAUAUGUUUGGAUUCCUCUUUCUCGUCUUCAUCAUCCUCAUCAUCACCUGCUCCGAGACAACCAUCCUACUCUGCUACUUCCAUCUCUGCGCCGAGGAUUAUCACUGGUGGUGGCGGUCAUUCUUGACCAGCGGGUCAACGGCUUUCUACUUCUUUCUCUACUGCAUCUACUACUACGUCAGCAGACUCGAGAUGGAGGGAUUCGCCAGUGCAUUCAUCUACUUUGGCUACUCCUUCAUUAUGAUGUUCAUCUGCUUCCUACUUACUGGGACCAUUGGAUUCUUCUCUUGCUUUUGGUUUGUCACUAAAAUCUAUGGAAGCGUCAAAGUCGAUUGAAGAUAAAUAGAUAAAUUGAU